UUCUUCUUCUCAGGAUGUUUGUCAAUUGUAUUCAGCCAGUUUCUCUUUUUGACGCUCUAUUUCGGGGACAAGAAUGGGAUCCAGCAGUUGUUGGAUUACACGAAAAGAAAUUUCGUCAUCUUGCUCACGUUUUGCACAAGCAUGUUUUCUUCUCCGUCGAAGAUCAUCCUCAGCUUCAAGUCGGAUGAGUUGCGCCAGAGAUACAUCACGGUGAGGCCGGACCAGAAGGGCAACAACAGAUACGAGUUGCACUUUGACCCGUCUGCCGUGAUCAUCUCCAAUCACCAGAUCUACUCUGACUGGUUUUUCCUCUGGUUCAUUGCGUAUUUGAACCACUGCUCGGAUCACUUUUUCAUUGUCAUGAAGAAGUCGUUGGAGAAGCUGCCGGUUCUUGGCUACGGCAUGACCAACUACCAUUUUGUUUUCUUGAGCCGGAAUUGGCAGCUGGACAAGAGCUACAUGGUGAAGCAGUUCCAGACCAUCAAGCAGUUGAGCACCAAGUUCUGGAUGUUGAUCUUCCCCGAGGGAACCAACAUGAGCCACAACAACCGGAACAAAUCCCACAAGUUUGCAGAAAAGAUUGGCCUGCCCAAGCAAGACUGUGUUUUGUUACCCCGUGUCAAGGGGCUCUACGUCGCAUGCAAGGAGCUUGCGCCUUCCACCACGAAGAUCAUCGACUUCACCAUCGGCUACUCCGAGCACGGCAAGGACGAAAUGGCUCAGGACAUCUUUACGUUGUGGAAAAUAUACAUUCUCGGUGAAUCACCUCGCAAUAUCAGCAUCCUGGUGGACGACGGCUCCCACGAUAUUGUGCCCGCCGAGGAGGAGGAGCGUGAGAUGCAGCUCUUGAACUCCUGGAUCACCGAGAAGUGGCAAAUCAAAGAGCAAGACAUGGAAUACUUUUACAAGAACGGCCAGUUU